UUGAGACGCUCUUGUUUACUCUUCGUGUCGAGCUCGGGUCAGGGAUGAAGCCCACGGAGCGGAUUCGUGAAAACACGACUGAAGGGAGAUCUAAAUAUAGACUUCAGGGACGCUGGCGAGAAGAUGAGGCCGCAAUUUGCCGCUAUUGAAGAGGACGGUCGUGUCGUUCCUGAGAUAACGUCCACGUUCGCGUCGUGACGGCGGAGGCGCAUCCAGAAGGACCGGGCGACGAUCCUGGGGGAGGGGAUCGAGGCGAAGAAAAGAGAAUAGCGCGAGGAAGAAGUUCAAGACAAAGAGGAAGGAGUCAAACGAGAAGUUGCGCCCGAGAGGCUGCUCGAGGAACACGUGGAGCGCCGCGGAUAAACCAGCUGCUUCGUUUUAACGCUUGACAGGCAGAGGAACAGAACGAGACGACUUAAGACAUGGCAGCAUUAGCGAAGAUGAAGUAACAUGCGAAAGUCGGUGGGAAACGUACAGGGAGAUCAUGGAAAGUCGGAGGAGAUGGACGCUCCUGCGGGACUCGCUGCUGCUCUGCUUCUUCGCCGGCCGUGGAGAUGCUCAGUGUGACAGCUGUAUGGAGUAUUGCUGUGAUGGGGUUCCUCCGUUCUGCUGCUCUUACUAUGCGUAUGUGGGAGAUGUGCUCUCGGGGACGGCCAUCUCUGGGAUCGUGUUCGGGGUGGUGUUUCUGAUGGGUGCCGUCGCGGCCGUCUUUCUGUGCAUCUGUAUGUGUGUGAAGAACGGCCGCGGGGCGAGAGUGGGCGUCUUCGGCUCGUCCUACAUCAACACCGUGACUCAGGGUUACCCAGGUCCUCCACCUCCGUACAGUUACGACUACGAGAUGUACGCUCCGGAUCUACGGCCUCCUCCGUACACUCCCACUCCACCCAGAGCCACAGGCUGCUCUCCACCUCCACCCUAUCCGGGCUACAGCCGCAAGUGAGCCUCCCGGCGUGCGCAAAAUAAUGCACAAAUAUUAAAAACGAUAAUCCCUGCU